AUGGUCUCCACUUCAUCAAUCAAAUUCGAAAUAUUUUUACUAAAAACUAUCUUUGAAAAAUGUAUAAACAAAUUCGAAUCAAAAAAUAAUUCAAAUAAACUUUAUUUAUCAAUUGCGAUUUUCAAUAUAUUUCUUGGUUUAAUUCUUUUCGUACACAUUACUAAUUUUAUGAUUCCAAAACAUAUUAAUCUCAAAUGGAUUUUUGGUGGAGGCGGCUUAAGUUUUAGUUUUAUUGGAAACACUUUUCCACUUCUAAAGAAAGUAUUCAGAACAAAAUUUAAAGUUGAAUACUUUGACCCAAAUAAAAUACUCAUAGACAAAAGUUGUGAAACUAGCUCUUUCAUAAAUCAAGUCAAAAAAUUACGUAAUGAAUUACAAGAAAUCAUCCAAUCAUUCAAAUCACUGACAAAUAAAUACAUUACACCACUUUUCCGUGGGUUUGCGCUAAUGUUUACGCCAUGUUGCUAUCUUAUUGUGAUCAUUAUCAACUCAAAAAAAGAAUUUGCCAGUUUGGUUAUUGGAAUUAAUCUUCUUUGGGUGAUUUUCGAGGGUUAUUUACGACAAUCGUCAGUGAAAAUACCUUUUGAAAAACCAAAAUUUCUUCGAACGAUAGCCGGUAUCCCUGAUGAUUCUGCCCAAGCACAUGUAACAGUCGACAUCCAUGACGUAUCAUCAUCAUCAAACCAAUAUUAUGUGAGUUUUCAACAAAACGAAAGCUUAAAUGUCGAGUUUGAGAAUUACACAUUAUCAGCUGACAUCCUCCCGCAACCUAUCGGUCCAGAUAACGACCCUCACACCUUCAAAACGACCAUCAUAUUUGUCGAUUGA